AUGGUCUGCAUCAAGUCAUUCAUCGGUGCUCAGGCUUUUCAGGCUCUUGCAAUUAUGGCUUCUCCCACCCCUCAAAUUUCGAAAGAUACAGGAGGUGAACUUAUGGCUCAGGCCUCUAUCUACAUGUGCGAGCAUACCUACUGGAACGGCCAAUGCCGCAACGAGCUGGUCGACUUGAACAGAUGCUAUAAUGUUCCUGGUGGCUGGAACGACCGCAUCAGCUCCAUCCGGAACGACAGCAAGUCUUUCUACAAGUGUGUUUGGUACCUCGAUGGCAACUGCCAGGGAGGGUCCUACGAGAACCAAGAGGACGCUAACCUAGCGGACGGCAACGGCCGCUUCAACGACUCUAUCAGCAGCUACUCUUGCAAGCAGAAAUAA